GAACGGGGAGCGAGUGUUACUCCGGGAGGAGGACAGGAUAAACGCUCCUCCAUCCCGUCAACGAAGAGGAGGUGAUUGGAGAGGGAGAGAGAGGAGGCAGCCUGGUUACCACGCACCAUCUCGCCUCGUCGCCUCCUCAGGACUUCUUCACAUUCACCAUCAUCAAAAUCAUCACGAGGAGCUCGAGAAGACACAUCACCCCUGGAAUGAUGGCGUCACCGUUAGGGCCGCCUUCGCUGUCGCCAUGACGAUGCCCUUCAGCCCGCUGUCCAGCGACGAGGAGCACCAGAGGAUGCUCGGAAACAGCAGACGCCCGUACCCGGGGGUGGAGGAUGAGCAAGAGGAGGAGGAAGAAGAAGAGGAAGAGGAGAUGGAGGAAGACGAGCAUGACGAGGACGGUGAGGGGGAGAACGGCGAGCUGGAGGACGUGGAGGAGGUCCGGCGAGGGGGCGGCAGGGCCGAGGGGGCGAGGCAGUUGGGGAAAGGCGCCGGACGAGCUGGGAACCCGGGACACGCGUCUAAUCCUUACUCAGCCAAUCCCACGCACCAGCAGCCGGCCAAUCAGCAGCAACGGAGGCCGAAGGAGCGCACGUCCGGCUCCGGGCCGCCGCCCCCCGAGGACGCCCACAUCGCCAUGAUGGUGUUUCGCAUCGGCAUUCCAGACAUCAAACAAACGAAAUGCCUGCGUUUCAACCCGGACGCCACGGUGUGGAAGGCCAAACAGCAGGUGCUGUGCUCGCUCACCGAGUCCCUGCGCGACGUCCUCAACUACGGCCUCUUCCAGCCCGCCACCGACGGCCACGACGCCAAAUUCCUGGAGGAGGAGCGGCUGCUCAAGGAGUACCCGCAGUCCUUUGAGAAAGGGGUGCCCUAUUUGGAGUUCCGAUACAAGACGCGAGUGUACAAGCAGACCAACCUGGAUGAGAAGCAGCUGGCCAAACUGCACACCAAGGCCAGCCUGAAGAAAUUCAUGGACUACAUCCAAACCGGCGGCGUGGACAAGAUGAGCAAGUUCUUGGACAAAGGCCUCGAUCCCAACUACCAGGAUGCCGACACCGGCGAGACCCCGCUGUCGCUGGCCGUUCAGUGUGAGCCAGGCGGGGGCGAGCCCAUCCGGGUGUUGGUGGACGGGGGCGCCCACAUCGACUUCCGUGCCAAAGACGGCCUCACGCCGCUCCACAAGGCCGUGCGAGGCCACCGCCAUAUUGCCCUGCUGGUCCUGCUGUCUCUGGGCGCCUCCCCGGACUACAAGGACCGUCGGGGCCUAACGCCGCUGUACCACACUGUGCUGACAGGGGGCGACACGUCGUGCUGUGAAACGCUGCUGUACCACCACGCCAAGUUGGGCAUCAGGGACGAGAACGGCUGGGACGAAACGCACCAGGCGUGUCAGAACGGCAACUCUCAGCACCUGGAGCACCUUCUCUUCUACGGGGCCGACUCCACCUCCCAGAAUGCAUCUGGAAACACUGCCUUGCACAUUUGUGCUUUAUACAACAAGGAAAGCUGUGCACGGAUUCUGCUCUACCGAGGAGCCAACAAAGAGACAAAGAACAACAGCGGCCAAACACCCUUUCAGGUGGCCGUCAUGUCCGGUCAUUUCGAGCUGGGGGAGAUCAUCAAAAACCACCGGGACGCCGAUGUAGUUCCCUUCGUGGAGUCUCCAAAGUACGCCCCCCAGAGGCGCGAGAGCACGCAGACCCUGACGUUGCCUCACCCUCACCCGUUCCUGCGCGCCAACAGUGACAGCAGCAUGAAUUUACCCGACUGGAUGGCGAUGCCCAACUCACUGAGCACCAACAUCGUGUCUGUGCAGGGAUUCAAACACACGGGAACCAUCCGCAGCUCCAGCAGUCCCCGAGGAGCCAGGACGCGAUCCCCGUCCCGAGGCAGGAUGGGGGAAAAGGAGGACCGCAGCCGGCAGCAGAGUCGCAAACAAGGGCCCACUGCCACUCCUGCCGCCACGGGUUCCGCGAGCACCCAGACGGCAGGCCAGCGCCGCCGCCUUUACAGCGCCGUGCCGGGCCGCGUCUUCGUGGCCACGCGAGCGCACUCGGCCCAGGGCGAGCGGGAAAUCAGCUUCAGCAAAGGCGACCGGGUCAAAGUGUUGAGCGUGGGUGAAGGCGGCUACUGGGAGGGAACGGUCCGCGGUCGCACCGGAUGGUUCCCCUCUGACUGCGUGGAGGAAGUGAUGCUUCGAAGUCAAGAAACCCGAUCAGAGAGCCGUGGGGAGCGUGCCAAGCGUUUGUUCCGUCACUACACGGUCGGCUCCUACGACAGCUUCGACGCUCCCAGCGACUACAUCAUCAAGGAGAAGACGGUGCUUCUGCAGAAGAAAGACAGCGAGGGCUUCGGCUUUGUGCUGCGAGGCGCCAAAGCUCAGACUCCCAUCGAGGAGUUCACCCCGACGCCCGCCUUCCCCGCUCUGCAGUACCUGGAGUCGGUGGACGAGGGCGGUGUGGCCUGGCGGGCCGGUCUCAGGAUGGGCGACUUCCUCAUCGAGGUCAAUGGUCAGAAUGUGGUGAAGGUGGGUCACCGCCAGGUGGUCAACAUGAUCCGGCAAGGUGGCAACAGCCUGAUGGUCAAGGUGGUCAUGGUGACCCGCAACCCCGACAUGGAGGAGGGCGCCCGCAAGAAAAUCCCGCAGCAAAGCAAGAGGCUGAGCACGCCUGCCAUCGCCCUGCGCUCCAAGUCCAUGACUUCGGAGCUGGAGGAGAUGGCUGCUACCCCAUGGAAAAAAAAGUCAGAACUGGAAUCUUCCCAAGUGGCUGAGAAGAAGCGGACCGUCUACCAGAUGGCUCUGAAUAAAUUAGAUGAAAUUCUUGCAGCGGCUCAGCAGACAAUCAGCACCAACGAGGCGGCGGGGACGCGGGGACAGGGGCCCAAACGGGACAGGGGACGCACUUUCUAUAGCAACGAGCCAAACUACGCGGACCAGGCCGGUCUGGUUCUGGCCUACGAGCGGGGCCACUAUGCUACACCUCACGGCCCCCCGCACGGAGUGCCCGAGGAGGAAAGACAGCACCUGCAUCCUCCGGCCAUGAAGUUUGCCCGCAGUCUGUCAGUGCCCGGCCCGGAUGACAUCCCGCCUCCCCCAACCACGGCGCCGCCGGAACCGCCCUUCUCCUCUGCACCGCCCCUGGGUUGGAGAGCCAAGUCGUCCCAGCAGCCCUCUGUCUCCGUGUCGCAGUCCUUGGCUGCCUCUUCCUCGUACUACCAGCCCUACUCCCAGGCGGUGCACUUAACCCAACUGGGCCGGGAGAGAGGGGGUGGAACGGUGGACCACUCGUCUUUCUAUUCCCACGUGGGCGCCCACACCGCCCAAAGUAGGACUGCCACACGGAAGGUUGCCUAUACUGGAGAGCCUAUCGGUGUCACAGGGGGCAUUAAAGCCACUGGUCUUCGGAGGGGCUACAGUAGUGCCGUACCCCCGUCGAGCAUUGCGACCGUCAUGCCGCAGCAACAGCAGAUGGGUCAACCACAACGGGUAGAGCGCAGCACAACUGGAGCAGGGGGUCCUAAAGGCGGCGCCCGGAGAAGCAAGGGUCCUCUGGUGAAACAAUCCAAGGUGGAGGACCUACGAGCAGCCCAGGGCACACUGGGGGGAAAAGUGGAGAAGAGCUCCAUUCCCAUCCCCACCAUCAUCGUUAAGGCCCCCUCCACCAGCAGCAGCGGGCGAAGCAGCCAAGGCAGCAGUGUGGAGGCUGACACCCCAGCUCCUGGGGAGGCAAAUGAAACCAAACCCCCCCACGGUCCUCCUCCUCGCAGUCCUGCUCCACAGCCCCCUGCGCCACCUUCCGUCCCCGCACCUUCGCCUCCAUCACUGCCUUCCAUGCGAGCCCAGGAUGGGCUGGACUUCACCAGCCAGUUUGGGGCAGCCGUCGUGGGUGCGGCUCGCCGGGACCGCGAACGGUUUCACGAAGCCCGCAGGAAGAGCGCCUCCUUGUUCAUGUCUGCGGACGAGGACAUGGGUCUUAGUAGUGAUGGCAUGGGAGGACUAACACGGGCUCACCUGUCACAGCAGCAGCUCAACACGCAAGCGGAAAGUUCUUCCUCUAAGCUGCGCCCCUCGAAGUCUAUCGACGAGGGCAUGUUCUCCGGAGACACCUUCAUCCAUCACACCCGCAGCAUGCCUCCAGCUUUUGGGCUACCAGAGUACUCCUCGCCGGCCCUGGACUAUCAGCCUAAAUCUGUGCCUGCUGACCUGUACACCGCCGCAGGAAGGCAGCCCGCCCCCUCGUCCACUUUCAUUCACCCCUUGACAGGAAAGGCUCUGGACCCCACAUCGCCACUAGGCCUCGCCCUGGCAGCCAGGGAGCGUGCCCUGCGCGACGACAGCAGGUUACGAAGGGGCCCAGAGCGCCCUUUCAUCCGUCAGAUGUCCAGCGUGGUCUUCCCAUCUUCUACCGUCACCUCGCAGCCGGCGUCGUCUUCCGUCCAGUCCUCCAGCUCCUACUUGGUGACCUCCUCUUCCCUGGCUGCCACCACUCCUUCUGUUGGACGUCCACCUUCACCCAGAAUCCUCAGAGGGGGCGUGUGGGCUGAUGAAGGCGGCGGCGGUGUGGAAAGAGAACGGGAAGGGGGUGGCGCUCGUGAGGGACUUAGAGUGCGCUUCUCAGAGGACAAACCGGUCCACACGCACCACUACCAGUCCCAGCCGUAUCAGCCCGCCUUUAAGGAGAGGGAGCGAGAGAGGGAGGCCUCUAGGGAACUAGAGCGGGAGAAAGAGCAGGAAGGCUACAUGAGAAGAGCAGAACAGGCCGCUAAUGAGCAGGCAUCCCAGCAACCUCGGCGGCCCUCGUUCCUCAGGAUGGACAGUCAAACUGACGCCUACAUCUUGUCCCACACCACUCCCUGCACUCGACCGAUUAGUACUCAGCAAACAGCCAGUGCUACUGGGAACACUGGGUCUGGCCUGAUGGUUCUUCCGCCCCCCGCCCCGUCGGUGGACGCAGACGAUGAAUUUGUCUAUGCCGACCCCCUUCCACCACCAUUAGAGUUUGCCAACAGCUUCGAUAGGGGAUACUCGCAACAUCGGCUUCUCCCCAACAUGACCCAAGAGAAGGCGCCGCCUCCUCUGCCUCCCCCACCACCGCCACCGCCUCCACCUCCACCUGCCCAAAAAGAACUGUUUGGAAGUGUGUUUCCCGCUCACACGCCCCUGCCUUCGCCCCAGGCGGGUGACUCCACUGCCUCCAGCCUCACUUCUUAUGACAGCGAGGUAGCUAAUCUGACUCAAUCUGCUCACUCCCCCUCCCAGACAUCACCCAACCCACCUCCUCGCCACUCACCCUCCAUCCUGCAUCCCACAUCAACAAGUGGACCCCCACCUCCACCCUCGGUGUCGCCACCCCCGCCACCUGGCUCCUAUCACAGACCCUUAUCUGUGUCCCAUCCCCACCACCUGUACAACAGCACCCAUGCUCCUGGGCGCUCCUCACCCACUCCGCCACUUGCUGUGACACCGCCUCCUGCUUACCGGGGUCCCCCUGCACUUUCUUCCACAGCUGCCACCUCCGCUCCUCUGCAGACCACAAGCUGUGCCACCACAACCGCUGCUGCUGCCACCACAACAAGCACCUCCACGCAACUCUACCAUGAGCGAACCCACGCCACAUACACCGCCUCUAUUCAGAGCACCCACCACAGGACCGGGGAGCGCCACCGUCCACCCCCUGCUGCCAAGAAGGGAGAAUCCCAGGAGACAGUGGUGGACUCUGGGAUAGAAGAGCUGGACAGCCGCAGUAGUAGCGACCACCACUUGGACAGCAUCCUGGCUAAUGUUCGGGCGGACAGGUUGGACCGAGGGGAGAGGGCAGGCAACCGGUUAGCAGGUGGGACAGCGGAAUCGGGGGAACGUGGGGAUUUUCUGGAGGCUUACAUGAGCUACCUGGAUGGGCAAACUUUUGAGAUGCAGAAUGCCACAGCAGCAGCAUCAACCUACCCAAAAAGCAGCCGGUUCAGGGAGGGAAGCCGAGUGGGCGAGCUCCACAGACAGACCAGCACCGCUCCCGCAUCCUUCCACUCCCACAGGCGAAGAGACGACCAGGACCACGAGGAGGAGGAGGCCGAGGAGGGCGCCACGACGGAAGACGAGAGCGGCCAGGACGGGUACGGGAUGAGAGACAUGCAGAAUUUAGGACGUCCCAAUUCACCUUAUUUUGAACACCCACGCACUCCCGAAAUGAAGCCUCUCUGGGGUGAGGGACAGAUUGGCAGAGACACCAGGGGGCAGUUCAGGACACUCUUAGAGGGGAAGAAGAUUUACCCUCCAGCAUCGAGUAUGAAGCCAAAUAUGAUCAAUGAGCUGAACAGCAAACUGCAGCAUAGAACCAAGGACAGCUGGAGCAGCCAGAGACCAUUGAGCAGACACAGAUUCUCUGAAGAUUCGGCCUCAGCUCUGAGUCCCCCGUCGGCUCGCUCCCAGUCGCCGUCACCAAUCUCUUUAUCGCAACCUUCCCUGUGCCCUUCCCCGACCCCUGCCUCCCACUACCCCAACUGGAGACGUUCGCCAUCCCCUCAGCCUCCCGCUCCCUCGCAGCCUCCCCGUUCACAUUCCCCGCUGUCCCCAACGUCCUAUUCCCCUUAUCCAACCUCCCCCAAGCACAGACCUGUCUACCGGACCAAAGCCCUGGAGUUCCAGUUCAUCCCAAGUCGCGAGUCCCGUAAGGCAGAUCCUCACAUGCUCCAGCGUAGGCGAGCACCCAGUCCUCUCAUCUCCCCGUCGGAGAGGCCCAAACUGGGACCGCCCCGUCCCUCGUCCCUCCCUCUGCUCCCCACUUCGCCUCUGUACAGUGCCAUGUACGACCUACGGGGCUCAAUCACCCCGCCCUCGCCCGGCAACACUCUUGGAGACCCCUACUUCUCACCCUCACCGCCCCUCUUUGCACCCUCCGGAGCCCCACCUCCUCCAAACUCCACCUUGGUUGUUUCCCGCUCCCUUUCUCCCACUCACUUCCUGUCCGGGACGUCCUCUCCACCCCUGCACCCACUUCCUCCACCCACCUGUCUGAGCUACCCCCACCUGCCGCCCCCAUCCCCGACCAAGCCCUUCGCCUCCAAGCCGCUGCCCUACUGGACCAAGUACGACGUGGCCGACUGGCUGGGCUACCUGAAUCUGGCCGAGCAUCGUGAGCGCUUCCUGGACAACGAGAUCGACGGCACCCACCUGCCCUCGCUCACCAAGGACGACUACCUGGAUUUGGGCGUCACCCGCGUGGGCCACCGCAUGAACAUAGAACGGGCCCUGAGGUCGGUUAUUGACAGGCUUUCCAGCAGUCCCUUCCCCAUCUCGGUCCUCUCGCCUCGGGACGAGGGGAGGAUGGAUGACGGUAGUCGGAAUUGAGGUGGCGGAAUUUAGUGGAUUCACCUGAAAAGUUGUGGAAGAUGAUGGGGUGUGCCAAAAUUGAAACAUCGGGAUAUGUCAGGACUAACAAAGGGCUCCCCCGUAUGCGACCCGCUCCUCCCAAAACGGACACCAAGAUGCCCUUUGGCAAUGCCGUGACAUCACAAUACCGGGAGUGACCAAAGGAAUGGUCCGAAAUCCAAAACGGGAGCUGGAGAAAGAUUUUGCUUGACAUUGGAGAAUAUUUCCGGGCUUACCUCAGCGCUGUGAUCGACAUCCAUCGUCACUUUUAAUGACAAACAUACAGACUGGUCACUGUAUCACGUUGUUGUAGCAUAAACAAGUGCCCAGACCGACAACAUAAAAAAUGGUACACACACUAUGGAAAACCUUUGAGCAUUUAUUCCAUAUCCUCCGAGUGCAAUGAAUUGCCCAGGUACUAGUAUAUAUAUUUUUUUACCUCACUAGUAAGACAAUUCAAGGUACUAGUAGAAAAACUACAUUACUAGUGAGGCCAAACUGUGCACUAGUUGACAACUGUGUACUACUAAUGAAGUGGUAGAUGUAGUCUGGGAACUGGUAGAAUUUUAUAAUGUCACCAAUAGUACGAGUCACUCGCAAUUGUCAACUAGUGCGCAAUUUUGCCUCACGGGUCGUUCUAGUACGCAGAAAUGUACUGUAGUGAAAGCCAGUUGUGGAAAAAAGACAGUCGUAUUAUUAGUGCACCCUAGUCAUUCUACUAGUGCACCAUGAUUAUUCUAGUGUGCCCUAGUCAUUCUUCUAGCGCACAGAAAUGCCAUACAGCCGUUGGAACGCAAUCAGAAUCUGAAUCAUCUUUAUUUGCCACGUGUGUCAGAAACACACAAGGAAUUUGUCUCCGGUAGCGGGAGCCGCUCUAGUACGACAAAAUUAUCGCAACAAAACGUACUUUUAGGACUACGUAGAGCCACUUAGCAAUGAAGGGUUGCCAUUAACGUGGUAAUCCUGAUUCAAUUGAACAAAUAAUGCAGAGCCCUCAAGCAAAUUAGGGCAGUUUGAAAGGACUCAUGGAGCAAGUCUGGUACAGUGGAAUUAACAGCACGAGUAAGACUCUCAUUCAACAAGUGAGCCCCAUUCAUUCUCGUCAGUAUACUGGUGCGCAGAAAUGUAAUACAGUUGGGUGGGGGGGGGGAAACAUCACUAGUAAGACAGUCAUCCUACUAGUGUGUUAGAGUCCUAUAAGUUUGCCCUAGUUGUUCUACUAGAGCAGUGAAUUAUAUUACUAGUGAGGACAAAAAACAAAACCCAAGUAGCGCACGGACACUCAUAUGUCAAAUAAAUGCCCAACCGGAUUUCCAUUUCUACACACACACACAGGUAUAUCGAGUAUCUAUCAACAUUUGAGGAGUUCCUGUCUGGCAAAGCCUACUUCCUGGAUACAAACUGCCAUGUCCCGCUUUCUUCCCAUCCCGGACGACUCGUUUUACUACUCGGAUUCUUCGUACAACUUUUUACCGGGUCGACGGACGUCGUCAGCAGGAUGAUUUCGUUGUCGUCCUUACUGUUAUUCCCGUGCUUUGAGUACCAGACAAAGUAUUUUUGCAUUUGAGCACAUUUCAAAUUCUUUUUUUCCACGCUUUAAUCCUAUUUUGGAGGUCAACGUAUAGUGCUGAGUAGCUAAGAUGCUAAUGAUUCAGCGCAAGAAGAAAGAGUUAAACGAAAAAGGGCUCUCUCACACAUCCAUGUUUAAUUUGGGGUUUUAUAGUAAUAUUUGCUGUGAUUGGUCACCAAGGGAUGUUUAUGAAUAACAAUAAGGACGAAUUAAGCUGUGGUUUUAAGCUCUAUAUAGAAUCUCGUCUUCCAAAUGAAAAGAUAAUUAACGCCGCUGCUUUCUAUCCAGUUUUGAGCCAUGUAUUUUAUUUUUUAUGCAAAGACAUACUGCAGGAGCAUUCUACUUCUUCCGACAGAUCAUUUCACAACUCCAUUAGUAAACAUUUGGCACGACUGCAUAAAAAGCAAUUUUAUCUCUUAGAUUUUUUUUUUUUUUUUCUAAAUGAGAUGAACUGUGGAAAGAUAAUUUACUACAAUAUAAAUAUAUACAUACUGUAUGUAUAUGUGACCCACAUAUACACAUUCCUAUAAAUAUAUGAAUAUAAAGUGUUUUAAGAGACAAAUUGUUAGAAUUAUAAUAAAGACAAUGGCAAGAUUUUAAUACAUGCUUGGAU